AACUGACUGUAACUUUGCCAGACUUAAACUGUUUGGACUGAAAUUUUCUGUGCCAGUCAUCUGCCUCAGUCUGAUUUUGUUUCAGCUAAAAUGGGUCAGCCGUUUCCAAGAAAAAGUAGAGAAAUUUUUGGUUUUCCUGUGUUUAAAAUAUUACAACUACUUUAUUCAGAAGUUGUAGUGCCUCAGGGAUUUGGAGCAGGGACUCAAAAUUUGGCAGGUGGAUCACCUUAGUAUCAUGUUGAUUUGUAAAAAUCUGCCCAAUUUAGCUAAACUAGAAACCUCUAGAAAUUGAAGUUUGCACAUGCUCUUUAGAGGUUUGUUAGAGGCUGACAGUAUUAACCUUUAAAGAUUCUCUCUGCAAUGAGCACACCCUUUCCCCAUACACCUCCUCCUGCUGACCAGACUGAGCAUGAUCCAUUCCAAGAUUGCAUAGGCUGAGCAGGACUUUUCCUGAAAUUGCUACUCCUGCCUGCGGUAGCACUAAACACAAGUACAGAGAGCAGGGAGUUUCACUCCUUUGAUCUCAGUGACCCCCCUGCUGGAGCCUUGGCUGUGUAGAGGGAAAGGAAGGUGCAGCCUGAGUUGCUCAAAUGCAGAGGGAUGAGAAGAGAACACAAUCUGUGGGAAGAGAUGGAAGCAGGGGAGAAAUAUAAGGGGCCAGGCUGCGGGAGAUGGAGCAGAAGGGUCUGUAAGCACUAGAGAUACUGUUAAUGGCUUUCAGGAGCUGUCUCACAGUGCCCUACCCUGACAAUACAAUCAAUCCAAGUGCUGCUGCUGAGGAUUAUGCUGCCACCACAAGGAGCCAAUACUGCGCACACAUAAGUGAUGUAACAACUGUGGCAGCUGUAUACUGACCUCUCUUAGGUCAACAUAAUGUUGUAAUGUAGCCGUGACUUGGGGGUGGGGGGGUUGCUUUAGCAGUGCUUAAUUUAUAAUGAAAUACGUGCAGGGUCUCAAUUUUUUUCUUUAAUUUCGGACGUGGCAAGCCUGGAGGUACCAGAGCUAGGAAAUGUCAAGCCUAGCGGUGGCUGGGCUCAGCGUGGGCACAAAUUAACACUGUUCCUAAGCUCCUAGCUGUUGUGGAGGUGGUCGGUUACGCCUGGCCGGGGGCGAUUUUUCCCCUUCUCUUUUUCAAAUCUCCCCCCCCCCCGAAGAUCUUCCCGCCCCGUCUGGCGGCUUAUCUAGGCUGCGGUUUCACCUUGUCUUCUCCUUCUCACUGCACUGGCUGGGCGCGGGCGCGCUCCCCUUCCGCCCCCAGCUGCAAAAAGCGGCUUCCCUGGAAGAGCCUCUGCUACGGAGGCGGUGCUGUGUCUCUGCGAUCGAUUGAGGCCGCCUUGGAGGUCUCCCGGCCCGGCCGCAGCGGGGCAGGCAUUGGCGCGUAGCGCCCGGCUCCGGGCGGCCCCGUGGCUGGUAGCGCGGAGAGGAGCGGCGAGCGGGGUUGCCCUUGCCCGCCAUGUGGCGAGUGGGCACAGCCAGGGCCUGGGCCGCCUGCUUACGGCCUCCCAGACAGUGCCGGCCCCCGGGGCCGCGCUCCGGCAGCAGGGGGGCGGCGACCGUGGCCGUGGAGCCCGCGGCGGGGCUGGCGGACGAGCCGGUGGCGACCAAGGUGCUGGGGCUCGCCCCGGGGCAGCGGGUGACGCUGAGGGGACUCGUGGCGAACGAGCAGGGCUGCCUCUUCGACUCCUGCGCCCACUACCUGGCGGACAGCCGCGGGGAGGUGGAUCUGUCCAGGGACACCUCCCAGGGAGGGGACUACACGGGGGUGGAGCCCAUGGGGCUAUUCUGGAGCCUCUCCCCUGCCCGCAUGGAGAGACCCUACCAGAGGCUCGUGCCGAAGCAGAUUAAGACCCCCAUGAAGGUGGAAGUGUCAGUCCACCAAGGGCACAGUCCUCCUGGCACCAUCCCGGGGCAGGUCCUAGCCAAGGCCAAUGUGGAGAGAUGGUUCACUGCCCCCGGUGUGCGAAGGAUUAGGCUGAAAGAGGGCAGCGUGAGAGGCAGCCUGUUCCUACCUUCAGGGGACGGUCCCUUUCCAGGAGUGAUCGACAUGUUUGGUGAUGAAGGUGGAUUGAUUGAGUUCAGAUCCAGUCUCCUAGCCACCCGUGGCUUUGCUGCUCUUUCUCUGCCCUAUUUUGACUUUGAGGACCUGCCCUCUGUCAUGAAGGAUUUGCACCUCGAAUACUUUGAGGAGGCAGCUAGAUUUCUACUGCGUCACCCAAAGGUGAAAGGGCCAGGGAUUGGAGUAAUCGGGACAGGGAAAGGGGCAGAACUGGCAUUUUCCAUGAUUACUUUCCUGCCACAGGUGGUGGCUGCUGUCUGUAUCUCUGGCUGUAGCUCCAAUACAGUCGCUGCUCUUCACUAUGGUGAGCUGACUCUGCCUGGGCUGCGGUUUGACAUGAGCAAGAUCAGCAUUUCUGAGACAGGUGUGUUUGAUAUUUUUGAUGCUCUGGAUGACCCAAUGGAUCCAGCUAAUUCCCACUGCCUCAUCCCCAUAGAAGAAGCAGAAGGUCAUUUUCUCUUGGUGGUAGGAGAAGAUGAUCGCAAUUGGAAGAGCUCUUUAUUUGCCCAGAUGGCAAUUGAGCGCCUGCGCCAACAUGGAAAAGACAACUUUAAACUCUUGAGUUAUCCAGGAGCAGGCCACCGAAUCGAUCCACCCUUUUUGCCAUUUUGCUCAGUAGCCCUAGACUGUGUCCUAGGGUUGCCCAUUCUGGGUGGUGGGGAGAGAAGAGCACAUGCCCAUGCACAGGAACACUCCUGGGGGAAGAUCCAGGAGUUUCUGCACUUACAUUUGGGAUGAACAUCUCACUACCUGAAAGCUGACACUAAAUUGCAAGGAGCUGAGGAGAUGAGCCACCCAAGGGAGUAGAGGACUGGAGGGACAGACUUAGAAAGACGGAAGAGUUAAAUAUGCAUUUCUUGAUCAAAUGACAACUCAGUGGCAGUGUAAACAUGGAGAUGGGUGAGGAUUUGUUUAAAGUGGUGAAAGGGGCUAUAACUAGGAGUAUUGAGGAGCCAUGGAAUAAUGGAAAACUUCAGGGUUCAUGUUAGUAAAAGUUUCCUGAUGCCAAGAUCACUUUAGACUGGGAAAUAAUCACCCAAGGAAAGAGGUAGAAGUCCCCUCACUUACAGCAUAUAAAGGAGCCAGCAACUUGGCCAGGCCUGCAGAGAAUGGCAGUCGAGGAGACUGACCUGCAUCUAGUGGAAUGAUGGCAG